AUGGAUCUAAUGAGGAGGUUGGAGGAGAAUGGGAGGAGGCUGGAUCGGCUGAGAUCCGAGGCGAGAGUUAGGGUUCGGCCACCGAGAUUAGCUGUUGUGAGUUUUCGUGUUUCUGUUCUUGAGAUUUUUCUUGAAUUUGUUGAUAAGAAUGUGCUAAAAGGACCAGAUGCUCUGACAAAAUUCACGAUUGUCAUACACAAUGCAAUCGAGGGUCUGGACCAGAUUCUUGAGCUUCUGCCUGAUCAUGCAUGUCCGGUGAAUGAUGGACUCUACAAAGCUUUCAAUAUCUUUUUGAAAGUUCAUCCGAACAUAAAAGAAUCAGAGAGAUAUCGGCUGUGCAAGACCGUCAACUAUCAAAAACUAUCUCAAGAAGCAUUCAGCCACGCUGCUCAGAACGAACGAUUGCCUAUUCAAAUGGCAAUACAAGUUCUGUACUUCGAGCAAAUCAGGCUUCGAAAUGCAAUGAACGGAAACCAAGAUCAGCUCUUCUUCGGAUCAAUCCAUGGCCAGUAUCCUCAAAGAUCAGGGAGCGGAUCAAUCUCACCGCGUGAUAACUAUGCUUCAGUCAGAAGAGAGAACGGAGAGUUGAAGCUUGAGGUUGAAAGAAUGAGGAUGAGGCUCACAAAUUUGGAGAAGGAUCAUGUACAAUCAAGCAAGAGCUUGUAAAAAGCAAA